ACCGACAUAACGUAUCCAUUGAAACGCCUCGCGCUUGUAUCCAUUCACGAGCUUGCUGAGACAGAGAGCACAUCACAGACGACGAGAGAAGAGAACACGGUGUACCCUUGCAAAAAAUAUCGAGAGGAAAUAAAAACUUGCGCUUCUUAUGUGAAAUCGACAUUCGACUGGAUCUUUAAAUCGAUUUUUGCUCAUUUAGAAAGUGGGGUUAUAUAACUGCAACUCAACGUCAGUUGCGCGCUCACUGGCUAUAGUGUGAGUCAUUGAUAAACGCACGGCGCCGUUGCAUGAAUGAGGUGGAAGUGAAGCGAGUCUGCGCGAGUCGACUCCCGAACCAAAACCCGAGGAUUUCAGUCGCCGAACGACACGCAGCAGAAGAGACUUUCGCAUCGUUUCGUACGAGCUCACCUCGAUGCUUCAGGCCUGAGUGCGUACUCGCAGCGUUUUCUCCGCAUUUUCAGUCGCACGCUGUUUCACUAAUGCUCGACAAAUUCAAACCCGUGCAGUUUGAUUCGGUCAUGGCUAUAAGCAAGACGGUAGAGUGGCUGAAGGAGCAACUGCAGACGCGCAAGGACUGUUUGCUGGUUAUGGACUGUCGAGCGCAGGAGAUGUAUGAAUCAUCGCACGUCGAAACGGCCAUUAACGUGGCCAUACCGAGCCUCAUGCUCCGGCGGUUAAAGAAGGGCAACUUACCCGUCAAGUCACUGCUCGCGAACGGGGAGGACAGGGAGACGUUCGCGCGGAGGUGCAAGACGGAUACGAUCGUGUUGUAUGACGAGUACAGCCGGGAGUGGAAUGAAAAUAUCGACGGCGGAUCGGUGUUGGGUUUACUGCUGAGGAGGAUGAAGGACGAAGGAUACAAGGCUUUCUAUUUAGAGGGUGGUUUUAGUAAAUUUCAAACCGAUUAUCCAACUCUCUGUGAGACAAACCUGGACGGCUCCUCCAGCAGCAGCUCACCGACCUCCCAGGUCCUCGGGCUCGGAGGGCUCCGGAUCAGCUCCGACUCCUCGGACAUCGAAUCAGACAUCGAUCGAGAUCCGAGCAGCGCUACGGAUUCAGACGGAAGCCCUCUGUCCAACCCGCAGCCCUCUUUUCCUGUGGAGAUCCUGCCGUAUCUGUAUCUGGGCUGUGCGAAGGACUCCACAAACCUGGAUAUUCUGGAAGAAUUUGGCAUCAAGUACAUCCUGAACGUGACUCCCAAUCUUCCCAACAUGUUUGAGAACGCCGGGGAGUUCAAGUACAAACAGAUUCCCAUCUCGGAUCAUUGGAGCCAGAAUCUCUCGCAGUUCUUCCCAGAAGCCAUCAGCUUCAUUGAUGAAGCUCGUGGACAAAAGUGUGGCGUUCUCGUUCACUGCCUCGCAGGUAUCAGCCGCUCGGUAACGGUGACGGUUGCCUACCUCAUGCAGAAGCUCAACCUGUCCAUGAACGACGCCUACGACAUCGUCAAGAUGAAGAAGUCCAACAUCUCCCCUAAUUUCAACUUCAUGGGACAGUUACUAGACUUUGAGCGUACGCUGGGGCUCAAAAGCCCGUGCGACAAUCGCGUGCCCGCUCCGUCCCAGCCCUUGUACUUCACUACGCCGACCAACCACAACGUCUUUCAGUUGGACCCUCUCGAAUCUACGUGAGGUCCCGCCACGACAAUCCCCUUUUGGCUCUAAAAGUGUUUGAAUCUCGAAACAUGGGUUUCUUUUUUCGACGCCUGUCAAGGGGUUCCUGACGUUAUUGAGUCGGCUUGAGACGACAGCUGAUCAGAGAAGCCACUGAUGUGGGGCAUGUGGUGUGCCCAGAGCUUAUAAGCUGCUGUUUAAUGGAGACAAAACAGACAUUAUGUGAGACUGUACAUCUCCGAGACUUUAUAAAAUAGUUCUUUUUUCUAUAAAUAUAUAUAUACAGAUAUAUAUAUGUGCAUAUUCAAGCAUGGAAAGACUACGGAAAGAAAUUCUAUGGAUCGUCCAAUAUUUUAUGACUGGGGCUGGUGUGCCAAAGAGACUGGAACUGAACAAUUACAAAUACUUUAUUUGUUUUGUUUAGCACUUGCACCUUCAAUUUGUAUGGGUGUGUGAUAUUCUUGUCUUCAAUGAAGACUUGCCUGUUUUGGGAUGAGACUCCCUUCGGUAAUGAUGGCAGUGUGUACUGUACUCCAACUUAUUUGCGUGGAGAAAUUUUUGAAACAUUUAUACACGUGUAUAGUAAAUAUGUUGAUAAGCCUUGCCAUAGUUAGAAUACACCUGUUUCAAAGGAACAACCUUUUCUUCUCUUUUUGUCGUCCUUAUGUAUACAAAGUACUGAAUAUUGAUCAAUAUUACAUUUAUCUGAGUUUAAAUGCCAAAAAUGUUAACAUGUUUUGCAAGAUCAUUCAUGUGUAAAUGUAUAAUAUAUUUCUGUUUUUUCGCUUUAGCUUUUCACCGCCUUUUAACCACCAACACGAAUCAUUGCUAUCCCUUGCCUUAGUUCUGUACAUAAGAGUGUCAUCGUGCAGUAACCUGACCAAUGCCCCAUAGGCGUCCCAUCAGCUAUCAAUAAUCGUGAGCAUCCAUGUGUUUGUAUGUGUACAAGGCGUUCCCCGAAUGCUUUCUGAUGCAUGCACAUGUAUCGCCUUUAUAGUACUCAUAUUUUUUAUUAUUCUGGGGACAUCGGAUUGGUUAAGGCAAGAAAUGCUGAUUUUUUUGUGGUCUCUGUUGAUAAAGAUGGGAGAGGAUUUUAUCUCUCCUCUUCAGGGAAGUUUUUAGUGAGAAGACAUGUUGGGUUGGUUUUAAGGGGUUUUGCUGUCCAUUCAAGCGAAGGCCUGUUUUGGGAGGGGCUGUUUUUACGAAAUCACUCCCUUCAAUAUUACGAAUGUAAAGAAAUGAUAAGUUAUUAAUAAAUUGCUAUUUUGUCUAUUCAAAUCUA